AUGUUUCAUCGCGUAGUUUUCUAUCUCUGGAAGACUUUCCUGUUUGCGGCUCUUGCUCGCACCGCGCUCGCAUCGGCCGGAUACGAAAAUGUGACAUCUGGCGUUGUCAGGACUUACUAUGUCGCCGCUGUGGAAGAAGAGUGGGACUACAUGCCUAGCGACAUGGACAUGAUCAACGGGAUGCCAGUGCAAGAUUCUCCCCAGGCCGCUGCUUUCGGUACAAGGAAUGGCCAAAGAAUAGGACACGUUUACAAGAAAGCUUUAUUUCGAGAGUACCAGGACGGAUCAUUCACGCAGCAAGCCCCAAGGCCAGAGUGGCUCGGUAUGCUCGGACCUAUAAUCCGUGCUGAGGUAGGAGACACCGUAAAGGUGGUGUUUAAAAAUAUGGCUUCUCAUAACCAUACGAUGCAUCCCCAUGGCUUUCGCUACGCCAAACCAAGCGAAGGCCUUGCUGCCGCAGGGCAAGAGUCUGAAGGGAAUUCUGUUGCGCCUGGAUCGACUUGGACAUACACCUGGGAAGUGCCAGAACGUUCAGGACCCGGACCAUUGGAUCCCCCAUCUUUAGCUUGGACUUAUCACUCCGAUGUUGCCGGCCAGCAAGACGUGAAUAGCGGCCUGGUGGGUGCUUCCAUCGUCUAUCGUCCGGGGGAACUCGCAAAGCACACCUUGAAUGUACCGGCUCCGGCGGGGUCGAAUCUGACAGAAGAAGUGCUGACACUGUUUCUCAUCGUGGAUGAGAACCUCUCUUACUACAUCGAUGAAAACACCCUCAACAAGACGAGUAUCUCGGAGCGCGAGCUUCAGGUUACCAGGCUGGACCCAGGUUUUCAGCAGAGCAACAUGAAGCAUAGUAUCAACGGGCGCAUGUUUGGUAAUCUAUUCGGCUUGAAUCUGACCGUGGGCCGAAACGCUCGUUGGCAUGUUGAAGCGCUUGGUGACGUGCGCAACGUUCAUACUCCGCAUUGGCACGGUAACGUCCUACUUUGGGCUCAACAGAGAGUGGAUGUUAUCAAUGUUUUGUCCGCUCAAACGAGGUCGCUAAGCAUGAUUGUGGACAACCCGGGCACUUGGAUACAUCACUGCCAAGUUCUCAAUCACCGCGCCCGUGGCAUGAUCGUGCAGUAUCAUGCGAGCUGA